UCCAUUUCCAUUGCCGCCCCCCUCUCUCCUCCCGCACGGUCGAGCCCCAUGCAGGCUACGAUUCCUGCACCGGGAAGGGCAGAUUGAGAUCGAUCGAUGCAACAAGCAGAGCGGUUAAUCCGCCGCGUUGGAUGACAUGCACGUGCGACGGUCUCCGGCAAGGUCCAUGGGAACCUCCUCCCUCGCCGUCGCCGUGCUGCUGCUCCUCGCGCGGGCCGCCGAUGCUGAGAUCACGACGACGCUCAUCGCGUCGGACUCGCGGCCUCUCAUUCUCUUCGUGCAGUUUGGUUUCGAGCGUGGCGGCAGGGCCACCGUCUCCAUACGCCGCUCGGAGUGGAACCUCCGGCCGGGGUCACCGCUCACCGCGGUUGACCCCAGCCUCAUGGGGUUCGUCCUCAUCUCCGGCAGCCAGUUCCCGAGGAUCAACAACGAGUCCGCGUACGCUGCCGCCGACCCGGGGGACAACGGCGACGCCGGGGGCGGCUUCUGCGUGCUGACGAGCGACUACGCGCUCCCGGUGCUCCGGCUCAGCGACGUCCCGCCCGGCGGCGUCACCACCACCGUGACCAUCGACGAUCCCGACCAGUACGCCGUCCUGUUCAGCAACUGCCAGGACGGCGUGGAGGUCACCAUGGACGUGCUCACCGAGCUGUACAACGUGCGGGGCGGUGCCUCCGACGGCCCCAGGAACUACCUCCCCGUGGGGCUGCAGCCGCUGCCGACCAUCUACACGGCCGUGUCGGCGGUUUACUUCGCUUUCCUGGCAGCCUGGGCGUGCGCGUGCGUGCGGCACCGCGCGACGGCGGAGCGGAUCCACGCCGUCAUGGGCGCGCUGCUGCUCUUCAAGGCGCUCAAGAUGGCGUGCGCGGCGGAGGACUCGUGGUACGUCGAGCGCACCGGCACGCCGCACGGCUGGGACGUGGCCUUCUACGUGUUCGGCUUCCUGAAGGGCGUCCUGCUCUUCACCGUCAUCGUCCUCAUCGGCACCGGCUGGUCCUUCCUCAAGCCCUACCUCCAGGAGCGCGAGAAGAACGUGCUCAUGAUCGUGAUCCCGCUGCAAGUGAUCGAGAACCUGUUGCUGGUGGUGAUCGGGGAGACGGGGCCGACGGGGCAGGGCUGGAUCGUGUGGAACCAGGUGUUCCUGCUGGUGGACGUCAUCUGCUGCUGCGCCGUCUUCUUCCCGAUCAUCUGGUCCAUCCGCAGCAUGCGCGAGGCCUCCAGGACCGACGGCAAGGCGGCGCUCAACCUCCAGAAGCUGACGCUGUUCAAGCGCUUCUACCUCGUCGUCGUCGGCUACCUCUACUUCACCCGGAUCAUCGCGUCGGCGUUCCUCGCCUUGCUCAGCUACAAGUACCAGUGGGGCGUCAACGUGGCCAUCGAGGCCGCCAGCUUCGCCUUCUACCUGUUCGUGUUCUACAACUUCCAGCCGGUGGAGAAGAACCCGUACUUGUACAUUGGCGACGCCGAGGACGACGCCGCCGAGCGUGAGAUGGACGACGAAGGUGGUUUUUGAGCCCUCUCGUCCAUACCCAAAAAAAACGCUCAGGUUUUAUGUAUUUUACUUGUUGUCUAGCUGCGUUGUACAACUAUGAUGGUGCGACGACUGGUGUAGUGGUGUCCAAGCGUUCUCAUCAGAUCGCGAAAUAAGCAACAAAAAUGCGUGCACAGCAAUGGACUGUUGGUUUAUAUCUAGACGUACGACACAAUAUAUAUAUUGACAAAAGAAAAGGUGAACUCUAAUA